UACUUACGACAAGAAAAAAAUGUCCCCUCCCGAUUCCCUCUUCUACCGGUGACCCUAGCCGCCGCUCCCCGCUCCCCGCCGCGCCAAUCCCCGACUCCCUGCCGACCCGUGCGCGCCCCUGGGCCCUCCGCGGCGCCGCCCACCUCGUCGCACUCCCGCCGCCGUCACCCCUCGCCCUCGGCUCCCUCGGACCCCCGUUGCGCCUGGCCGUCGUGCUGACCUGCCGCUGCUGACUCCGACGCCGGCGGCCGACUGCCCGAUCUCCUCCACCUGCAGCUGCUAAUCGACAUCGAUCCGUGCUCCUUCAUCUGCAACCCGGUUUUCUUGCAAUGGUUUUCGGUGGCGGCUUCAAAUUUUUAGUGGGAGUGGGAUGUGGUGUCUAUGUAGCUCAGAACUACAACGUUCCAAAUGUCAAGAAGCUAUUCAACACGUAUGUUUUCCUGGCAAAGCACGUUGAGGAAACAUACCGUAAGCCGCCGCCGAAGAAAGACGAUGACUGAUUAUCACGCCCAUGGCGAAAAGAAGUAUACUCUGACUUGACAGAAACAUGAUCUUCGUGAAUAUUGAAGUAGUUAUUAUGAUAUUUGCAAGUGCUGAGAACACAAGCUGUGAAGUUUGUCAUGGCAAGGCUUGUGGAUCUUUAUAUGAUAAAACCUUAGUGUUUUUUGACGUCCCAUCCAAAUAGUAUGGCACUGGUUGAAAUUUCAUAAUAAAUGGGUGUCUGGCGUCUUA